CGUGCUUGUUAUUACACUAGGCAUGUGAGCGUUCACACAACACAGCAUUUAGUUGAGUUAUCUAUAUGGACAUUGUAUCAAGUAGCCGCUGUGUUAAAGUUAGUGAUUUUAAGUGUUAACCAUGUUGAAAAAUAACGGUAAGAAGGUGGCUGUCUCCAUAGCCUGCACCGCGUUCGUCUGCGCUGUGGUUCUUUUGGUUGCGGCUCAGCAUCACCGGGUCCAGGUGGAGGAUGCGCCCAAGGGAGACAUCGGGACCCGCUCCCUCCAGAGCCUGGACAACGCAGCGCACGAAGAGACCUCUCAGCCCCAGGAGAAGAAGGGAUUCUCGGCGUACUUUACUAAACUAACCCGUGGACGGAGAGACGUGGACAAGCCCAAACAGUCGUCCGCGUUCGCCGCGGACCCCCCUCCAGCGGAGGACAUCAGCGCCAGCGACCUGUUCAUCGCUGUCAAGACCACCAAGAAGUUCCACCAGUCGCGAUUAAAUCUGCUUCUUGAUACCUGGAUCUCAAGAAACGUUCAACAGACUUACGUCUUCACAGACGGAGAAGAUGAGGAGCUGAAAAAAAAGAUUGGAAGUCACGCCAUCAACACCAACUGCUCCGCUGCCCACAGCCGGCAGGCUUUGUCUUGCAAGAUGGCAGUUGAAUACGACAAGUUCAUUGAGUCAGGCAAAAAAUGGUUCUGUCAUGUAGACGACGACAACUACGUGAAUGUGAGGUCCCUGGUGAAGCUGCUGUCCCACUUCCCCCACACCCAGGACAUGUACAUCGGCAAACCCAGUCUGGACCGGCCCAUUGAAGCCACCGAGAGACUGGGGGACAACAAGAUGAGACCCGUCAACUUCUGGUUCGCCACCGGGGGCGCAGGGUUCUGCGUGAGCCGCGGUCUGGCACUGAAGAUGAGCCCAUGGGCAAGUGGUGGUCACUUCAUGAACACGGCGGAGAAGAUCCGUCUGCCUGACGACUGCACGGUGGGCUACAUCAUCGAGUCGGUUCUAGGGGUGCAGCUGACCCGCAGCAACCUCUUCCACUCGCACCUGGAGAACCUGCAACAAGUCCCCCGUUCUGAGAUUCACAAACAGAUCACAUUGAGUUAUGGCAUGUUUGAGAACAAGAGGAACAUCAUCAACAUGAAGGGAGCUUUCCCUGUGGAGGAGGACCCCUCGAGGUUCAGGUCUGUGCACUGCCUCUUGUACCCAGACACCCCGUGGUGUCCUCCUCAAGUUGCCUUCUAAAGGCGACUGCUCCUUCUCAUCCUCGUCUUCGUUAAGGCCUCGGUAUCUGAAAGGCCCGUGGAGACCAGCGUUUGGUUUAUUAGACCUCCACACUGCAGACUUUUUCGCUGCGGUUGUGUUUGGUCUCGUAGUAGUUUUAACUGGGCUGCUGUGCGGCCCAUCUUGGGAUCCUUCCUUCCUUCCUGUCUCAAUGAGGCGGAGGAGGGCCCUGCACCCUCUCCUAGGAGAGUAUAGUCCGGGGCCCUCUUCUUCCCAGGCAGGAAGUUGCUUUCAGCAUUUAGCUUUUGCAGGCAAUCACGUGUUAAGCUUUGAGAUGAUGUAUAUGUUGCUUGUAAAUGUUUCUGCGAUUCUCAUAGAAUGUAUUCACUGCCACAUAUUCAAGCUUUUUGCCAGCUUUACAUUAAUGAUUGCAUUUAGAUUUUGGUUUUAGUCCAGACAUUUAAAAGAAAAUUUAACAGAAAGCCAUUGGAAACUAAUGCCAUUGGUCUUUAUAUUUUAAGGUUGUGUUUUUUUUGUUCGUUUUUUGCUCAGAAGACUCCGGACUAAAUUUUUUAAUAUGAAGAUAGAAUUUGUGCUUUUACGUUGAGGUUAAAUGUCAGUGUUAUUUCUCUUAUGAUUUGAGCUGGUAUUUGGCAGUUUACCAAAUAUAUCCUUGGGUAAAGUACCCUGAGGUAUAUCAGGAUAGAGCACUUUCCCCUCUCUGAUAUUUUUGGAUAAACUGACAGAAUUAAUUUUCCUUGAUAAUGUAAGGUGUGCAAAUAACUCCAGGAUUGUCAUUAUCUCUGAAUUCUAAUAUAUUUAAUUAAGCUCCUUGCAUUCGUUACAAUCAGGGAAAAAAUAAUAUAUGACAGAGAUAAUAAUUUUGGGGUUGCGAUCAGAUUUAGAUUUGCCCACCUACAAAUGUUUUAAAAAUAGAAAGAAAUUGCACAGCUGUAUUUCAAAUUAACUGUUUGUGUGCUCCUGUUAAGAAAUGUACCUCAUGUUGCGGAACCAUCAAUGACCUGGCAGUUACAAGACACUUUAAUAGUCUUUAAUAGUUAGCACGGUAAUGAACCAAUGAGACUGUGUUCCUUGCUCUUUACAUCCAUUAAUAUUGGAUGGAGGAUCCUGUCUAGCUCAACUGCUCUACCCCUUGAGCAAUGGCAUGAAACACUGCCAGGGUUUUGGGUUCAACCCCUGCUAGUGUUGCCUGAGAAUUUAUGCAAUCACGGCAUUGUAAAAAAUUCUGUGUUUGCAUACUCCAACCAAAUGGCAUAUAGUAAUACAAUAUUGCCGGGUCAUUGUUGAGGCAUGUGUGGGGAGAACUUAACAGGAGCAACAACAGUAUUUAUUUAGAUUUUUUAUUUUAGACAGAGGUAUUUGCAUCUUUGUGUUUGCCAACCCAUAUUGGGUGAGCUCGUUCAUCUAGUCUAGGCAGCGCCGGUACUGUGUACCGUGCCACUGCAUAGGUUUCUCAUGUAGUGAUUGUAAAACGUUCUAGAAUGUAAUUUCUUGUCGUGGUUUACAUAUGCUUUUGAUGACCUUGACAUGAUUGCGUACGGCUUGGAACUGUACUAAAUUACUGCUUUAUUCUCCAGUAUCUGGAGUUUUUUUUUUUAUCCAUUCCAUUACUGGCUUCUCAGGGAUUAGGAUUCUGAUCCUGGUAUUAUCACCGUGGGAAUCACAUUGGGGACCUAAACCUCUGAUUAAAAGUCCAUCGCUGAGAAACAUUA